AUGGCGGAGAGUCUUCUUUAUGGAGAGAAUUUUAAAAUAGUAUUCCUUAUAGACGUAUGCAAAGAAAAGACAUACAAUGUCUUAAAAGACAAUGAUUAUGCUUUAGAUGUAAAGUCCAGGGCAAUCUCGUUGAGCAUUUUGCGCUUGUUACUUCAUUUUAGGACCGUUAAUGGCGCUACUGGAAAUUGUAAAGAACCUUUAAAAUGGGGUUUUAAAUUCUUCAAUUCGAAACUCCCCAGUUCUGAAUUAAAAAGGCGGAGUUUUUAUGAACUUGACGACAUUUCCUUUGAGUUAUUUCAAGAUGAAUUGCGCGAGCAAUAUAAAACAACUCGAAAUGAAGGAGAAGAAUGCCAAACCCAAAGAGCUGUAAGGUCUGCGAUCAUUAGCACGUCCAAUUUUGGAGGUCUUUCUUGUUCAAUGACCGAGAUCCUACACGAUUUUGAAUGGGUCACUCCUGAUGUUGUGUCACCUUUUAAAAAGGGCAAAGUAGAUGAGUUGAUAAAUGAGAAAAAAUGGUCCCAGAAUUUUGUAUUUGUUGUUGGCGACUCCAGCUCAUGUGAUAUAAACUUCGAACAGUUUGAUGGAACGCCUUCUGCUUCUGACUACGAUGUUGCUUUUCAAAAAAAUUUCUCCCCGGUAUUUUGUGAUGAAUUUUGUAAGAAAUGUGGUUUGUCACUAUUUUGGAUUGAUUUGGGAUCCAUGUUGCUCCCUCAGAAAAACUCCAAGUUGCCUUGUCAGGGUUACAAGAUGAUGUCAUAUGUUACGAAGAAACUUCACGGUAACAUAAUUCCGAUUACGAUUUUCUUGCAAGAAAAUUGGUUUGUCCCGUUAUCCCGAUGGAACCCGACUGUUCUUCCCGUUGAGUCAGCAACGCUGAAGGAAAUUAAUAUGAUCGAGAAGUCUUACAAUUUUUCUUUUAAGAAUAUUGUUACGACAUUUUUAGAAGGAAAGGAAGUCGUCCAAAGAAAUAUGAAUGACAGCCCGCGUAUGCUGAGAAAUGACACCCCAGGUGAUGAUAUCUACGGUUGUUUAUGUUACAGAGAUAAAGAACUGUGUGUUAUUACUUUGUCACCUAUUCUUCCUAAGAAAUCUUGCUUGUUCUCAAACGAAUGCGAUUUGCUGGAUUACAAAGAAGACAGCAAGCCAGACAAUUGUAGGGCCAAUACAAUGAUGGAAUAUGAGACAAUGUCGAAUGAAACUAUUUCGUUUGCUUCCGAAACUAACGGCUUUGCCCAAAAUACAUCGCAAGUCCCACAAGAAUCACUUAAAGGUUUAUCCAGUCAUGUGCAAAGAGACGCGAAAACAGGCACAAAUAUUUUAACCAUAGUCGAUGUCAUUGGUUGUAAACAUGUCUCACCAGCAUGGAUGCAUCCUUCAAAUAUUUAUUCUUGUUUCAAUUUUGACCAAGGCCCUUUGAACGGUGCUGAAGGGGCAACAACAAACGAGUUGUUUCGUCAGUUGUUGUCUUUUAUGUUGUGCAAAACCAUCUGCUUGGUACUUGAAUACAGAGAUCUCGAGACAGGGCAUGAUGUAACAACAGGCAUAUUACAGGCAAUGACAUCUCAGUGUGCCGUCCUCAGUAGAGUUGCGGCCGACCAUUUUCAUGAUUUCGAGAAUGCUGUUUUACGUCAAAAAUUGCACAAACAUUUCCUCGUGCCUAUCGAUGUUACUUCCCAGAAAGAUCGUGGGAAUUUGUUGCCUUUUGAUUUGCAACUUGCCGAGCAGGAUUGGCGAUGCGAUAACAUCGAUGAACUAUUGAAUGCGGAAAGAGUUAACAUUGGACUAAAUUCUUUUCAUGGUUAUGUCGACUCUUUUGAAAAGAACAACUCGAAAAGAAGAAUCUUUACGAAGAAUAUGCUGGAAAAUCUUAAAGACUACUACACUGCGCAAGAAAAAGUAAAUUUGAGUAAUGAGUCUGAGCAAAUGGCCGACGCUCGAACGUUCCCUGGAAGCAGGAUGUGUGCAGAAAUACUACGAACGACACCAGUCUCCGGCGAGAAUUAUGUUCAGGGUGGUCUGUCUGACUGCGUCACUAGAAUUCACCCAAAUGCGGUUUAUAAAAAAGCAAACGAGGUUGAUGUUAUUGACAAUGUCGACGAUCUCAAACUGUGGAUUCAAAAAGGAUACAAACGAUGUUUAAAUCAGGCGCUACCCAUGUUGACCUAUAUCGAUCAUGUUUUUGAAAUGAUUGAACAAUUAAGGAAAUCUGGAGAACUUGAAGACUUGGCCAUUAUCGAUGACGUGUUAAAUACGACUGUGUUUCAUUGUGGCGAGAAUACCUUUGAAAUUUUUGACGAUUUGGGAAAUGGGUCAAGUCCUGAAAGAACAUCUGUAGAGUGCCAAUUGCAAAUCUUUCUUCGUUUGGCAUACGUGGAUAAAAUCAAUUCCUCAAAUCCGAAGAAAUUUGCCAAGCAGAUCACGGGCUUUCUUCGUUCUUUGUCUUUUGUCACUGAUCCGAGUUACUUGAACGAGUUCCUUAAAGACAGCAUCUUAUCAAGGUAUGGUCGCUGUCUACCAGAGCUUCUCCGUCACGUGUACGAAGGCUUGAUGCAACGGCCGCCGAAAGAACUUCUCUCGCCAUUGCACGCGACUAGUGAUGAAGAAACGCCUUUAAAAGAGAAGAGGGAGAUCCUUUCCAGCUCGAAAUCACUUAGUUUUGAUAACAGUGGCUCUGAGCCCGCUCAAGGCUCUCGCGGCCUGCGUCACAGUCACAGUCACAGUGUUGUGGGAGCUCCCGUUAGAAGACGAGAAAUUGCUCUACCAAAGAAGGAAAAGUUGGUGAAAGCUAUGAAAAAGAAAGUUGUCAGUACUGCACACAAAAGAAGUUCAAAAAUAUCUUCUAAUUUGAAAAGAAAAAGUCCUCUUCUUGAGCCAGUCAAAAUGGUUCGACGAGAUUUGUUCGAUGGAAAGUUGAAUCGUAAACCUUCGAUUUCCAAGAAGCAUACAAUCUCUAAUUGUACUGAAACAAACACAGUUCCGGAGACGCCAGAUGCAAAGCAAGUUUCCAAUCGUAUUCUGAAACGACAACAGUGGGCGAGAAAGCGCGCAAAGACAAUGAAAGAUACCACAGUUGUCAAGGAAUCUCCACUUAAACAUGAUGAUGCUGUCUCAAUCUUAUGGAGGAGUCCACGUGUCAAAGCUGACUUGUUUUAUCCUUCUGGUAAACAGUUGAGCAGUAUUUCGUCGAAGCAAUCUGUUUCGACUGAAUGUUCUCGUUUUGCUAUUGACCGUAAUAUACGUCGAAUCAAAAGCCUGAACUUCGAUAACACUUUGACCAGUGUUAGUUUGAACCCUCGAAGAAAGAAUUUAUCGUUAUCGACUGACGAGUGUUUUGAAACUCAAUUUGAAGACGACUUUACCCAUUUUUUUCAGAAAAAAAGCAGUAGCCCCACAAGCGCAAUUAACAUUAAGAAAAUCAGUCCUAAUUUGUACCCCAGUAUCUCCAUCAUUCCUUUUGAAGAACAUCGAAAAUGCUUGAAUGCAGAAUACGAUACAACGCGGAGAUUAUUAGAUUCCAGUAAGAGCUCGAAGGUGGCCUUAGACGAAAAAUAUCAUUCGUUGCCUAGCUUUAGUACUACUUCUUCCUUAAAUGAUUCUACAUAUCCAUGCAUCCCAGAUAAUUCAUUUUCUUGUAAAUCUCCCGUUCUUUUCAAGACGCCGCAAAAAUCACCGAAAUCACCUCCGAUCAAUGUCGAUUCUCAACCAAUGUUUGACAUUACAAUACCCCUGACACCUGUAAAAAGCUCUCGUUACAAGACAAGAAAAAAUAGUUUAACUAUCGACAAUCCACUCAAAACACUCGGCCAAAGAACAGUUUUGACUUGUCAAUCAUCGAACGUGGGUAUGAACCAUAGAAAACAUUUUGAUGAAAUAGAGCAUGAAGAAAAGGGUGAAUUGAAUUCAGUUACAUGUGCCAUAGAUUUGGAAGAACCUGGUUUUAAACCGGAGAAUUUAGACGUUGAAAUAAAUCGAUUCCAAGAUGGGAGAUUUAUUUUUAAAUCGGAUGACGUUAAUCUGUUGUUUGACAAAAAAUCAGAAAUUACCAGGGCUAACUCCAAAGUAAUAAACAAAUGCCUUGACGAUAUUGUCGCACCAUCGCCGAUACUUGGUUGUCGCUCAACGUUACUUGGUCGUGUCUCGGCGUUGAAAUGCUCGACAAUGGUUGAAAUACAUUCCACUGCAAAUUCUGUAAAUGACUCUGUUGUGAAGCAGAGUGAUGAUGGAACAAUAUUUUCAAAGUAUAAAAUUGACGAAGAGAUGAACCAGAAUUCACGUGUUGAUAAUGAAUUACAUAAGAACUUAAAAAAUGAGGAAGCAAAGGAAGAGUUUAAGUGCAACACCAGAACAAAGAGAAAGAAAACUAAGCGAUCACAAGUAAAAAAUAUCAGCCCUUUAAACAAGAUUUUGAAGCAACGUAAGACUACGAGAAACACGGCACCAAUGAUGAAUCGUGAUGAAUCUUCCAAGAAUGGCGAGAUUGCAGUUAAUUCAAGUGUUGUCAAGCCGAAAAGCGAAACGGUGAAUUGUCGAAGAAAAAGAAAGCUUGUAUCUGUUGUGAUUCCAAACACUUCUGACUACGACAAACUUUUGAAACUGCCUAUAAAUUUUCAAGAUAAGCUGGGCUCGGCUGGUUGUUUGCAACCAAGUUUCAAGACUUCCACCCUUUCGACAAAUAGUCUCGAACAUCUUCAGGAGUCUCCACUUCUGCGAAAACGAAAACGAGCGCGUUACAAUUUGUAAAAAUUAUUACUCGAUCCGUUCGAGCUCGAACAAUUUAAUGUACACUAUUACUGAACAACAUAAGUCUAUUUUGCAGUACUAGAAAAUUUUGUUUGACACUUUUUUUUACAAGUAAGUUCUUUAUACGUAGUUGCAUAAUUAAUGAACUAAUAUCUUUAAAGCAUGAACACAACAUAUUUUAUUUCAUUGAACAAAUUCUGAAUAUAUGUUGACUAAAUUAAUGUCACAGUGCUAUGAACUAUUAUUCUCAUAAAAUGCACAUGCAUUUUGCCCAAAAUAACAGCGUUAUUUAAUGAAUGAUAAUUAGGCAGAUUUACUCACUAUUACUGUGUUGUUUUAUAAUGCACAAAUUUAUGUGCAUUUAAUAUAGACGACGAGUUUUUUUUAAAUAGACAUGUUUCGGCAUCUCACGAUGCCAUAUGCAUCAUCAGUAUAAGUGAAUAAUUACAUAAAUGAUACAAAGUUUAUAUAAAAGUAAUAUGAUACAUAAAUUAUAAAAAUAAUAAGGAAAUGAGAUUAAUUAAUAGAAAGCGUGUUGCAAAGGAAA